UUCCGUAGCGAAAGCUCUGCCCUCUUCGCUUAACCUGCUUUGCUAUUGGCUGCCUGUGGAUUAUUUAAGGACGUCAUUUCCGGUGGCCGGUCCUUUCCACGCUGCCCAGGGACGGGUCCAUACGGCGUUGUUCUUGAUUCCCGUCGUAACUUAAAAGGGAAGCUUACACAAUGUCCGGAGCCCUUGAUGUCCUGCAGAUGAAGGAGGAGGAUGUCCUCAAAUUCCUUGCCGCGGGAACCCACUUAGGUGGCACCAACCUUGACUUUCAGAUGGAGCAGUACAUCUACAAAAGGAAGAGUGAUGGUAUCUACAUCAUAAAUCUGAAGAGGACCUGGGAGAAGCUGCUGCUUGCAGCUCGGGCUAUUGUUGCCAUUGAGAACCCUGCUGACGUCAGCGUCAUCUCCUCCAGGAACACUGGCCAGCGAGCUGUGCUGAAGUUUGCUGCAGCCACUGGAGCCACGCCCAUUGCUGGCCGCUUCACACCUGGGACCUUCACCAACCAGAUCCAAGCAGCCUUCAGGGAGCCACGGCUUCUAGUGGUGACUGACCCCAGGGCUGACCACCAGCCCCUCACAGAGGCCUCUUAUGUCAACCUGCCCACCAUCGCUCUGUGCAACACGGAUUCUCCUCUGCGCUAUGUUGACAUUGCCAUCCCAUGCAACAACAAGGGAGCUCACUCAGUGGGUCUGAUGUGGUGGAUGCUGGCCCGGGAAGUGCUCCGAAUGCGUGGCACUAUCUCCCGUGAGCACCCAUGGGAGGUGAUGCCUGAUCUUUACUUCUACAGAGACCCAGAGGAGAUUGAGAAGGAGGAGCAGGCUGCUGCUGAGAAGGCCGUGACCAAGGAGGAAUUCCAGGGUGAAUGGACUGCACCAGCUCCUGAGUUCACCGCUGCGCAGCCAGAGGUGGCAGACUGGUCUGAGGGUGUGCAGGUGCCCUCUGUACCCAUCCAGCAGUUCCCUACUGAGGACUGGAGCUCCCAGCCAACCACUGAGGACUGGUCAGCAGCUCCCACAGCGCAGGCCACUGAGUGGGUUGGAGCCACCACUGAGUGGUCCUGAGCUGCUCUGCAGACACCUGAGCAAAGGGAGAAAUGGAAGGAAAAUAAAGUCU